CGACGUACAGUCGCAUUGUCCGUGAGCCCGAGUGCCAUCCUCCAACGUUCGCCCCCGGGUAAAUCGGCACGUUAGCCGCCCUCGUCCUUUCCCCGGAUCGCUUUCCUUUUUUUCCCCUGAGGGACCCUUCGACACCUGCUGUCAAGACCGGCGUCCGAAGAUAAACCAUCGGACUUGUGCCUUGUCGGACUGUACCGGACAAUAGGAAAACCGUUACAACACUCCGUCCGAAGAGGGGCUUUAGUCGUGUCUAGUCCAUCGUUAAACUCACUCACGGGCGUCUUCGGCUCCGUCUUCGAGAUGUGUAGAUAGUGGUGGUCGCGUUUGGUUUUCGUCUCUUUUUCUUUUCGUUCUUCGCACCUCGGAACAUUUUUCUUCGAUCCUUUGUGUCUUGUGUUAUAUUAUUAAUAAUGGGUACGACCACAUCCACCCAUGAACCUCUGGAUCACAAAACUGGGCAAUCCCCUUUCAAAAGACAUGCCAGUUGCAGAGGAACCAAGGGUGAACGGCGAGGCUCACCUAAAAGAAUGGAUCGACUCAGAAGAAGUUUCAGGGACUCGUUCAGGCGGAGGAAGGAGCACGUUCCAGAAAGCUCUAAGCCGCACCUUUGGCAAGCAGACGAGGCGGCCGUCAGGGCAGGAACUUGUACAUUUCAAGUUAAGUACCUUGGCUGUGUUGAAGUCUUUGAAUCAAGAGGGAUGCAAGUCUGUGAAGAAGCGCUUAAAGUUUUAAGAAACUCAAGAAGGAGGCCUGUUAAAGCUGUAUUGUUUGUGUCUGGGGAUGGUCUCAGGGUGGUUGAAGACGAGACGAAAGGAUUGAUUGUCGAUCAGACGAUUGAAAAGGUUUCCUUUUGUGCUCCAGACCGAAGUCACGACAAAGGUUUUUCCUAUAUUUGCAGGGACGGCACCACACGGCGAUGGAUGUGCCACGGGUUUCUCGCACUUAAAGAAACUGGGGAACGAUUAAGUCAUGCUGUAGGCUGUGCAUUUGCUGCAUGCUUAGAAAGAAAACAAAGGAGGGAGAAAGAAUGUGGGGUCACAAUGAGUUUUGAUCCUGCGAGCUCAACAUUUACAAGGCAGGGUUCUUUCAGGGCCCAAACUAUUACCGAAAGACUGGCUAGUGACUCGAAUAAGAACAAUAAUAUUCCUGUACCGACGACAGAAGCUCCUCCACCACCAACCAAAACUGUUACGACGGUCAUGUCUACCACCAAACCACCUUUGCCCACUCACGCUAUAGAGAGACCACAUGCUACUGUUUCAAUGUUGGUUCGGCAAGGCUCUUUCAGAGGGUUCAACCACCUGAAUCAAGCUUCACCGUUCAAAAGGCAACUUUCUUUGCGGAUUACUGAUUUACCGAGUAAUCAAGAACGUACAAGAUCAAUGUCUCUCGAAGGGAAUUCUGAUAAUAGACAACCUCCCUCUUCGGCACCCCUCAUACAUCUUAAGACGCCAGUGAGCCCUAUCCCUGAGAGUUCUCCUUUGGUAGACAGAGCAGAUCCAGUGAGCGCGAUGUGCCAGGAAUUAUCCCACGGUCUUCAACUCUUGUCCAACGCAGAUGACAUUCUCUCAUCAUCGACGAAUUUUUCUAAUAAUAAUUCUGGGAAAAAUAUAUUUGGUUUGACGAACGAUCCACUGCCUGCAUCCACUUUACCAGAUACUUCAUUGACUAGUGAUUUCAACGCACGGAUUGAUGCAGUUUCAUUUAAUAUGAGCAGUAUCGAAGGCAGUGGAGGUUCGAGGUCGGUAUUGACACCACCGGCUACACCACCUUUAGGAAUAAGUGAGCUUCCUAGGCCAGACCAAUGGCUCGGAAAAGUUGCAGCCGUGGCGAGUAGUAGGCCACCAGGCUUGGCCCACCUUCGGGCGCAGUCGUUGGACACGACAUCUUUCAGAAACGAUCCCUUUGAAUCCGAGUGGGUACCUCCUCCUUUGUCCCAGCAGAGGGGAACCAACCCAUUCCUCACAAACUCGAAUAACACAACGCCGGUCAAAGCAUUUGAGGUGCAAAUGUGAUCAAAGCCUAUAUUCCCCCUCACAGAUAACAGUAUUAAAGAUGAUGAUACAUUCCCUAUGUUCAAAUAGGUUGAAAAAAAUGCUUCAGAAAUACUAUUAGGGUUCUUUAGGUCACUGCAUUUCUUCUAAAUAAUAGUAUGAAUUAUUAUAUUUUAUAACACUUGCACUAUAGAAGCCUAAGCAGAGUCAGCUUUGGGAGAAUGUCUUAGGGAAAUUUAUUUUUAUAAAUUCAGGGAAGUUUAUUUCUAUUUCAAGUUGAUUUUUCAAAAUUGCAAUUUAAGAUCUGGAAUAUCAAACUUUGAAUGUCAUAUUGUUGUUGAACCAAUCGUAAAUAGCGUCCAUAAUGUUUAGGUAUUUAUAUUUAUAAAUAUUUAUAUAUAUGUAUAUUAACAUAUCAUUAUUUGUUAUAUGUACAUAAUAGAAAAGGUACAUAAUAAUGACGUGCAAUUAUAUCACAAGGGUAGAGUGAUAAAAUGUGUAAUUUAUUAAAUCAAAUUUAUGAAGACAAAUGCAAGAAAUUCCAAUAUUUUUGCUUGUAAUUAUUUGUAUAUAGAUAAAAAAAAACUAUGCUUUAAUAUUUAAAAAGAGGAAAUUUGAGAAUAAAGUAAGUGCAUUGUUAGAAUCAAAGAGAUUGUAACUGGUGAUAGUACUUAUUUUUGUUAUAGACAAUUUUACAAAUCAUUUUAUAAUGUAAACAUUGCCCUUUUUAUGUUGAUUAUGUUUUUAAUUGUUAAGGUACUUAUUUGAGCAUUUGUAAAGUUUGUAAAUUAUACUUUUGUAAAUAAUUAUUUUUAUUUCUUUGCUUAACUUUGUACUUAAUUAACUUGUAUUAUUGUAUAUAUCAUUUUAUUAUUAUUUGGCCAUGACGUUUUUAUUAAUUUUGUUCAUCCUAAAUUACACAAAAGUUAUUAAUCGAUGAAGAAUACUGAACUCAUUUCAUAAACUAUUAGUAUUUUAGAAUAGUUAAAUUUAUAAAUGCUAAUAUACCAAUUUCCAAAAGAGGAGAAAAAAAAAGAAAAUCCAUUUAUUUAACGCUUUUAAAAACAUUGCUUUGUAUAGAUAAUACUUAUAAGAAGGCAAGGCAAAUUAUGAAAGGUGGUUAACUGAAUGGUUUUAGCCUUUUAUUAAAAUAAAAAUCAUUGAUAUUCUUGUAAACGAUGACAUGGAUCCUCCGUUGUUACACUUUAAUUUAACAUUGGAUUCAGUAUAUUCACAUCGUUAAUUUUUACUUCUGUGUUUAAUCAUGACAUAAAGGAUGAUCCAUAUAGUAUAGAACAAAAAAACAGUGUUACAUGAUAUUUUGUUGAGAAAAAAUAUGGUAAAAAUAUAAAUAGUUUAAUAUAAAAAA